AGCGUAUCUCUGAAUUGUUAUUUAUUAUCAAAAGUCAUUACGUGAUAUUCCAGCCGAUUUUUUAAAUGUUAUAACCCAGUGAACCUAUAUAUUUGGAACGGCAACAUUGGAAUUGGUUACGAUUUGGAAAACUUUAAACAUUGAGGCCUUAAUACGAGAUUUCUCUUUCGUUAACACACACAUUAGUCAUGGGAUGCUGUAGCCGUGCUUCCGGUUGGUCCAAGAUUGGACUUCUCUGUGCCGUAUGUGCAUUUGGGCUCCAGGCAGCUGGCUAUGUAACAAAUAAUUGGAUGGUAUACAAUACAGUACUAGAUCUUAACGAUCUUCGUGUUGGGUUAUGGUGGUUUAGCAACUGUUCGGCUGAAAUAAGUUGUUUUUCAGUGCUUACACCGUCUUCCUAUAAAUCUUUGACUUUCACAUUGACUCUGGGAUUUGAAGGUGGUUGUGCUGGAUUGCUUCUGGUAGCGAUGAUCAUGUAUUGGUGUUAUGUCGCGGCAGAUUGUAGCAGAAGGCGUGGAAUGGCAGCUGCCAUUAUUAUAUUUCUUGUUUUAGCAGUGUGUAGUUCAGCAGCUGGAUUGGUACUGUGGAUCUUACAAAUAGAUUUUCCUUAUUACGUUGCAUGGUCAGCCGGACUUUCGGUUGUAGCUACUGCAUUUGCACUCAUAGCAAUGCUUUGCUUAGUUCCAGAUCUUAAGGAAUAUCCAUACGAAAAGUUACGCAAGAGGCCGUCAAACAAUAAACGUCCUCUGCCUCUUGAAAGACAGACGGUGUACACGAAACAUGGUACGGACAAAAAGAAGGGGAGCUCACUUGGCACUGAUUAUACACAACGUAAUUCAUAUGCAGAUGUCAAAAGCAAUCGGGACUUCGGAUACGAUUAUGGUGCACGUGACUUUUAUGUUUAAAAUUGACGUUUUCUAGAUUGACUGUAUGAACAUCUAAAUGAAAUAAAGACGUCAAGUAAACUUUCGUUACAAAUAUCUCAGCCAUAAUCCAUUAGUUUCGCCUGUCACUGAUUUUUUUAUAUUCUGUAGCGAUUAAUGUUAAGUUUGACACUGGUAUCAUUGAAGGUCACACGAUGCCCCCUAGUAGAUGUCAGGCUGUUUUAUUUACUGUCUAAACAUAGAUUGUUUAAAUAAAGUAUACAUCGACA